CGAAAGACCAAGAGACCUCUUUACUCAUGGCUGAAGGGAAGGCAGGAGUUUUCUGGGGCUUCUCUUGGCCACUUUAAAAUCUGUCACCAAGAAAGGAAUGAGCGCAUGAAUGAGGAAAUCGUGACUGAGAGUCCUGAGAAGCAUGGGAGGAAGGAAGAUGGCAAGAGACGAGGAAAGCACCUAUGGCUUGGAGGAGGAUUCACACGUCCCAAAGGGGCCCCCACUGAGGCUCAUCCUGGUAGGUAGAACCGGAACCGGCAAGAGUGCCACUGGUAACACCAUCCUGGGCCGGACAUGCUUCGAAUCCAAGCUGGGGGCUGUGCCUGUUACCAGAUCCUGCUCCUGGGCCAACAGGAAAUGGGCCGGCUGGUAUGUUGAGGUGGUGGACACCCCGGAUGUCUUCAGCUCUGAGGUCAAACAGACCGACCCUGCGUACUUGGAGACAGCCCACUGCUUCCUACAGACGUCGCCCGGGCCGCACGCGCUGCUGCUGGUCACCCAGCUGGGUCGCUUCACCACUCAGGACAGCCAGGUGCUGGCCGGGGUGAAGCGGGUGUUCGGGGAGAAGGUGAUGGCGCGCACUAUUGUGGUGUUCACUCGCAAGGAGGACCUGGCAGGAGAGUCUCUGCAGGAUUACGUGCGAUGCACAGACAAUCGCGCGCUGCGGGAGCUGGUGGCUGAGUGCAGGGGCCGCGUGUGCGCCCUAAACAACCGAACCACUGCCCGCGAGCGCGAGGCACAAGCUGAAGAGCUGCUGGGCCUGGUCGCUGGUCUGGUGAGGGAGCACGGGGGCGCGUACUACUCCAAUGAAGUGUAUGAUCUGGUGAGGACCCUGCGGGGCUCUAACCCCAAGGACCAAGUCAGCAAGGUGGCAGAGAUGGUGGCAAGACGCAUGCAGAGGCCCCUGCGCACCAGGCUGCUAACUGGGCUGUGGGACUGGCAGAAAUCUUACAGGAAGAGCUGGAGACGGGGCGUGGCUAUUUUCCUGGGUGUGGCCUUCCUGAUCUACCUGCUGGUCUAUAGAAAGACGCCUCAGGCCAUUGGGGACCAGAAUAACAGAUGUGAAGAGCAGAAGGAGCUGGUGGAAUGCAAACAUCAGGGAAGUUACGGCUCUGCGAGUGGCCUUUCUGUGAGAGCAUCAUCCAGCAGGCACAGGUCCUCUGCCUGCCUGCAAGUGACUCACGCUGGUGACUGGAGGCUGAGCCCUGCUGGCCCGGAAGAAAUGGAAGGCCUCUGGAAGAGCACAUAUGGAGCCAUAGUUGAAGGGAGCAGGGAAGCCUACUGUGGAGCAGAAUCGGGCUGCCUGAGGAUCCUCCUGGUGGGUAAAUCUGGCUGCGGGAAAAGCGCCACAGGGAACAGCAUCCUCUGCAGAAAAGCAUUUGAGUCUAGGCUCGGAGCCCAGUCAGUGACCAGGACCAGCCAGGCAGAGACGGGCACAUGGAAGGGAAGGAGACUGCUAGUGGUAGACACGCCCCCCAUCUUUGAGUCAAAGGCCCAGAACCAAGACAUGGACAAGGACAUUGGAGAUUGUUACCUGCUGUGUGCCCCAGGACCCCACGUGCUGCUGCUGGUGACCCAGCUGGGACGCUUCACAGCUCAGGACACCCUAGCCGUGAGGAGGGUGAAGGAGAUCUUCGGGGCAGGAGUCAUGAGGCACAUGAUUGUCCUCUUCACCCACAAGGAAGACCUGGCAAAUGAGACUUUGGAUGAGUUUGUGACCCACACUGACAACCACAGCCUGCGCAGCCUGGUCCACGAGUGUGGGAGGAGGUACUGUGCCUUUAAUAACAGGGCCUCAGGGGAAGAGCAGCAGGGACAGCUGGCAGAGCUCAUGGCCCUGGUGAGGGGGCUGGAGCAGGGGUGUGAGGGCUCUUUCCAUAGCAAUGACCUCUUCCUUCAUGCCCAGGAGCUCCUUAAUGGUGGCUACAGUGAGUACCAGGAAGCCUACAGGUGCUACCUGGCCAAGGUGAGGCAGGAGGUGGAGAGGCAGAAGCGGGAGCUGGAGGAGCAGGAGGGCAGCUGGGUGGCUAAGAUGCUUUGCAGAGUCAGGACAUGCUCGUGCUCUCAAAUCGCAGCAGCUGCACUUCUUAUUGGGUGUGGUUUGAUUUUUAUUGGCAUUUCAAUUAACUUGUAUGUUAACCGGUGGAACUGAGCCUUUUCAGGUGAUUUCUGCCAUCAGCGCCCUCUCCCAAGGUUCACAUUUCUGUCUGCACUGGGGUACCUCAGUUUCACGCUCAUUUGACUCCCUUGAAUCAAGUAUGAAAGAAAAAGAACGUAUUUCUUAAGUCGUGAGGGUGAAUCAAGUAGUUCCAUCAUAAAGGCCCGGGUGCUAAUAUUCAGGCAUCUGCACUGGCCAGCCCUUAGGGUCCUGACAGGCUGCUCCUCAAGUGCGCCCACUAAGAACACCCCCAUGCACAUUAGCCAUGUUCCCUCAUAAAAGUCAAGCCUCGUCACCUCCUUCUCCUUCUCUUUCACCACUCUUGUCCCCAGGGACCAGUCUCUGGCCCUCUCUCUGCCCCCUUUCCUGAUCCUUCUUUCCUCUUCCAAUAUACCUCCACGGUGAGCCCUGCUGUUUGGCUUUACUCCUUCCUGCUGAUUUUUAAACUAUAAUAUUGGUGUUGGACCCGCGGCAGGCUCUUCUGGGCUUCCUCUUGCCCACCGGCAGACUGAGGCAUGCCAAGACCCCGGAUCCCGGUCCACAGAUGACAGCCUCACUUGUCCAACUAACAGGUUGCUGAGCUCCGCCAACCAAAAUGGGCGUGAUUGGUCAGCCUCCCUUGUCUGGCCAUUUCCCAUGAGUGAGGAUUCGUCUCUCCGCCAUGGUUUCUCACCUCUGAAACAAGCCCUGAUAUCAGGCAAUCCACGUGUCUCUUGGGGCUCAGCACGCCAUGGCCCCUGGACCUUUGGGUGAUGACUCACUGGCCAGCUUCUGCCUUCUCAAUCAAUCCCCUCGGAACUCCUGAACCCUCUGUUCUUUUUAUCUCCUUUUAGACUAAGAAAACACAUGCCUCAAACAUUUUGGGUUGGUAAGGACUUUGUAUGAUGAUAGAAAUGUAAAGUUAUAUGUGAUUCAACUCUGGUUUAGAAUAUACUCUAUAUCGUGAUAAAAAUUUAAGGUUAUAAAAGUCUAUUCAGGAGGUAAACUAUUUGAGAAGAGGAAAGAUAUGAACAAGAGUGGGGAGGGAUAAGAGAUGGUGUUGGGGACUGAAAAUGAACAAAAUGUACUAUAAAAAUGCAUGAAAAUGUCAAAAUAAACCAAGUAUUAUGUAUAAGUUAUACAUGCUAAUAGGAACAGCAAUAAUGAAACUUUAAAAGAAGUUAAAAAAAUUAAGGUCUAUUCAAUUAACAAAAGCUGACUUAGAGAUUUAU